UGUCUGCAGAGAUUCUCAGAAAAGUCUAAUUACACUCUCAGCCUUAGUCCAAACAUCUCUGUACUUAUUGCAUCUUCACUGUCACGAGGGCUUUAUUAUUCUAUCUGGAGCUAUUUCAGCUUAGUGGUUCCCUUCACUCACAGCUCAUUCAGCUUCUUGGGGACUUAGGGACAAUUAGCUUUAAAUUAUUAGUUGAAUCACAGCAAAGGCUUAUUUCAGGACUACGAAUUGAUAACAACGACCCAAAUGAGAAGAGUUUACUUUUUGGGUUCUCCACAAGUCGACCAUGGGUGUAUACACUUUGCCCACCAGAUGGCGAUAGAUUCACAUCAUUCGCCUCUUCAAACUCCUUCCUCAAAAUCUCCAAAUCAGAACACGCAAUAAUAACUACAUUUAUACUUGAAAUAUAAGGAUCAGUCUGACACGCUUUACUGACUCUGCCUCGCUUUCUGAUGUAACGUCAGUAUAUUUACCACCGCACAGGUUUAGUAAAACAUACAGGAAUCUUUUACGGGAAGCGUUAAUUGUGCCUUUAAUUACGACGUGCACGUGACGUAAUUGAAAUUUACAGGUGUAGGUGGGUCUGUUGUUUGAAUAAAGACGGAAGGGAGUGAAACUGGUCCGUACUUUCUGUAGUAAAUGGUCGCUAAUUGCUGAGAAAUUGUUGGCUACUGUCCCUUUAAGGGAGCUCAAUCUGAGCUGCUGCAUGGCUAAAGCCAGCCCACCUCUCCAUCAGAGCCUACCUGCUCGCUGAGCUUCGUGGAGCUGGCUGCCUCUCCGAGAGCCUCCUGGACAUCAAGAUCCUCAGUCACACGUUUGGAUCAGAGAGAAAAGCCGAGAAAUCGGUGAGAAAUCUCGCUUUAGGCGGCGUUGGGCACUGAAUAGUUUAGCCAAAGGUAACCGCGGCUGUUUCCUUUCAGUUGCUGGUCGAUGUGUGGAGAAAGUUUCCCAACAAUAUCACUCUUCUGGAGGGAAAUGGUGGAUUGGAGUGGAUUGUAUUUCCCUGAGCACCAUUAGAUCACAUUCUCCAGGUUCCUUGCGUAGAUCCUUAUCAGAGGAAGGAAUAUGGCAAAAAAUGUCCAGGACGAGCCGAGGGACGAUUUAGGUAAGAUAUCCGAUGAGGAGCUCUUCAGACUCAGCAAAGAUGAACUGGUUAGGAGGCUCCGAAAAGUGGACAGUGAGAAGAUGAACUUGAUGGUGGAGCAUGGGAACAUGAUCAAAGAUGUCAAUCGGAGGCUGCAGGUUCAUCUCCAUGAGAUACGGAGCUUGAAAGAAGUGAACCAGAAGCUGCAGGACGAUAACCAGGAGCUCAGAGAGCUGUGCUGCUUUCUGGACGAUGACCGGCAGAAAGGUAAAAAGCUGUCCCGGGAGUGGCAGAGGUUCGGCAGGUACACCGCCAGCGUCAUGUGGAAGGAGGUCGGCGUCUACCAGCAGAAACUGAAGGAGCUGGAGGCCAACCAGGAAAGUAUAAUGCGAGAGAACGUGGAGCUGAAGGAGAUCAUCCUCAUGCUGGAGGAGGAGAGGAAUGGUGCUGGAUCUAGGAGCUCCAUAGACAGCCAGUCCAGUCUGACCAAUUUGAACGGAGGCUCUAGUAACGUGAGGGACGUGGGGGACGGAAGCAGCACCUCCAGCACAGGCAGCGCUGGCAGCCCGGAUCACCAUCACAGUCACGGGCACAAGCCUGCCGAGAGCAAGAUAGCAUCCAUCAGGAGAUCUAUGGAUGACCUUUCGGUCAGCCAUCUCCACAGAAGCAUCCCCAAUGGACUGAACGACUCGUCAAACUACAUCCGUCAGCUGGAGACAAAAGUCCGGAUAUUAGAGGACGACAACAAGCAGGUGUUAUCCCAGGGAAGCAUUGGGGAUCUGAAGACGCUGAGGAAAGGAUUAUCUCUGUAUCACUCCGAGUCCCAGCUCUCCUCUCUGUCGAAGUACCAGGACACCUUGCAAAAUGGUUCCGCCCGGCUCCCCAGUGGAGAUUUGCCGUCCCCCAUCACCAGCUACCUGCCAUCGGCUCAGAAACCUGAGGCUGUGGUUCAUGCCAUGAAGGUGUUGGAGGUCCAUGAGAACCUGGAUAGACAGAUUCCUGAAGACUACGAGGAGGAUCUCAGUGAGAAGGAGAAAGCCAUCGUCAGGGAGAUGUGUAAUGUGGUGUGGCGUAAGCUCGGUGAUGCAGCAGGCUCCAAGCCAUCCAUCCGGCAACAUCUCUCCGGGAAUCAGUUCAAAGGCCCUUUGUAGCUCUCCAGUGGAUGACCACGGGGCCUCAAACCAACCGACCAAUCCAACUACAACCAGAGGAACAGGACUUUCAGCGUUAUGUAACCUUCAGAAAGGCAUAGAACUGCUUUAUACUGUCAGUCCAGAGCACUCCACUUGAUUGACCUGUACAUGCUCUGCCCUCAGAUGCGUUCUUUUGCAGCUAUUACUGCUCGGUUGAACAAGCCUUACAGAAUGUAGGCAAAAAUCCCACCCGACAUAAUGAGAAACUGAAGCACACUAUUUAUCAUCGCCACAUAACGUUGAGUUUACAGUUUAAAAUGCCAAGCUGGACUGUGUUGUUGUAGCUGACUGAAGCUAAGCAGGUCGGAAGCAACAAUGUAUUUGACACCAACCUUGGCUCAGUUAUAUGGCGAAAUAUAUUCAGCAGAUCUCUCUGAACGAAACAAACAUAAGACCCUGUUUUUGUGAGUGAUGUUAACACUUAAAGACGUGACGUGGUCCGAAAAAAAACCCCCGCCGAACGUGACCCGACACCUCUGACUUUUAUUAUUUGGGUCCUUCUCCAUUUGACCUAAGAUUAAAUUAUACUUUUUCCUUAUAAUUUCUCAAAUUUUUUUUUCUUAUCCUGUUUCAUAAUCGCUCUGCAUCUGUAAAACAGCUCUUCACAAAACCAAUGUUCAAUAUUUGUGUAGCCAUUUUGAACAUAAAACAAAAUUUUUAAGAGGUUUAAAGUUUAGGAAUUUAUAUAAAACAGAUUCAUGUUUACUUUUUAUAUCGUUAA